AUGUGUGAGGCUCCAUCACUAAUCCGUACUUGCGAUGUAGUAGAGCGUCAACAAACAUCUUCUUUUCCUGCAUUCGCAUUUCUAUACCUUGUUUCUGGUUCUGAUUACAUCUGCUCCCAUUACAUGGCCCUCACCCCGCUGCGAAUGAUCCAGAAGAAUCGCAUCCAUCAAAUGGCCUCACAUCUUGCUGCCAGUGCCGGGUACGGCACACUGGCCACCAUACCUAAGUCUAGCACCUUCACGUCCAAACUGGCGCCCGACCCUGCAUUUGAAACGCCCCUGGCCUCUCAUAGUGCGCCACGGGAGACCCUCGGCCCGCGGCUCGUGAAAGGCGCGAUGUAUACGUAUGUUCGGCCCGAAACUGCUGAAGAACCGGAGCUUCUAGGCCGCGCCAUCAGUCUCGGCGAGUUGACAAAUCCUAGCACAAACGUGCGCUAUGAACUGCAACUCAAGGGGGCAGGACGCACACCUUACUCUCGCUUCGCGGAUGGCAAGGCGGUUCUGCGUUCGAGUAUCCGAGAAUACGUAGUAUCCGAAGCUCUGCAUGCUCUCGGUAUCCCGACCACGAGAGCACUAUCCCUUACACUUCUACCACAUUCUAAAGUGCUGCGCGAGCGCAUCGAACCUGGCGCUAUAGUUGCUCGAUUUGCGCAAAGCUGGCUUCGAAUCGGAUCCUUUGACAUUCUGCACUCUCGCAACGAGCGAGACAUGAUCCGGAAACUGGCAACCUUCGUCGCCGAAGACGUUUUCCCGGGCUGGGAGUCUCUGCCGGGUGUAGUUGUUUUGCCAGAUGACUCCAAAACAGAAGCAGCGGCAGCAGCAGCAGACGAAAAUAUAGAUGAGCCGAAGCGAGGCAUCCCCGCAUCCUCUAUCCAAGGCCAGCAAGGCCAAGAAGAAAACCGGUUUACCAGAUUAUACCGAGAAAUCGUGCGCAGAAACGCAAAGACGGUAGCCGCCUGGCAAGCCUACGGGUUCAUGAAUGGCGUUCUCAACACCGACAACACCUCUAUAUUCGGGCUGUCGAUGGACUACGGCCCCUUCGCCUUCAUGGACAAUUUCGACCCAUCCUACACGCCAAAUCACGACGACCACUAUCUCAGAUACUCCUACAAAAACCAACCAUCAGUCAUAUGGUGGAACCUCGUCCGCCUCGGCGAGGCAUUUGGCGAACUCAUCGGCAGCGGCGAGACAAUCGACGACGAAACCUUCAUCACCAAGGGCGUAACCCAAGAAUUCGGAGAACUCCUAAUCGCCCGGGCCGAAAAGCUCAUCACCCGGACCGGCGAGGAGUACAAAGCCGUCUUCAAAAAUGAAUACGUCCGCUUAAUGGGUCGACGAUUGGGUCUGCGCACGCGCCAGGAAUCAGAUUUCCAAGUCCUCUUCUCCGAUUUACUGGAUACAAUGGAGGAGCUGGAACUAGACUUCAACCAUUUCUUCCGCCGUCUUUCUGCCGUGCCCAUCGCCGCAUUGGAGACGGAUGCACAGAGAGUCGAGGCCGCAAAACUGUUUUUCCAUAACGAGGGCGUCAGUGCGGCUGGCAACACGGAGGAAAGCGCCCAGAAACGCAUUGCGAAGUGGCUGGGGUCAUGGAGGGAGCGGAUUCGCGAGGAUUGGGAGGAUAAAGAUGACGAGCGAAGGAUCGAGUUUAUGAAGUCUGUGAAUCCAAAGUUCCUUCCGCGCUCCUGGAUCCUAGACGAAGUCAUCGACCGCGUAGAGCACAGGGGCGACCGCGAAAUCCUCGGACGCAUCAUGACAAUGGUUCAGGACCCGUUCAAGGACGAAUGGGGAUUGGGACGUGAGGAAGAAGAGCGGUUAUGUGGUGACGUGCCGCGGUUCAAGAGGGCUAUGAUGUGUAGUUGUUCUUCUUAA